AUGAUCGGCCCAACUCCCAAAUCCCCACGCCCACUAACAAACCAUCAUAUGCUAAAAAAACAACAACUAACGAACCACCCCACGACCUCCACCUUCUCCCACCUCGUGACUCUCCACGCCGCCCCCAAAUCCUCCCCAGCCGGCGAGCCUGCUUCUCCUCCACCCACCGGCGCGACACGCACCCCACCCCUGCCGGCGAGCCUGCUGCUUCCCCGACGCCGGCGCGCUCCCUACUUCCCCGGCCGCCCGCCGCCCCGCACCCGCUCCAGCUACCUUCGGCUCUCGACCCGCGCCCCUUCUGCCCCGGCCUCGCUGCGCGCUGCGCACCGCCGCAUCCCUGUGCCCCCGGCCUCGCUGCGACCCGCCGCCACUGCCCUCGCCUUACUGCGAGCCGCCCGCCGCCGCCCUAGGCCCACGCGCCGCCGCGCUCCUCUACCCCCUCCUCGCUGCGAGCCGCGCCCCGCCGCCCCUGCCCCACGCGCGUCGCUGCGGGCCACGCGCCGCCGCCGCGGCCCUCUGCCGCCGCCUUGCUGCGAGCCUCGCGCCGCCGCUGGGAACCGUUUCCCUGUUCGUCGUCGGCUUGGUCGUCGUCAGCUCUGUCGCUCUUCUUUGUUUGUUUCUCUCGACGGCAGUACAAACUUGUUAACAGAUGCAGUGUACCUGGUGGUGAAAUUAAGUGCAGAUGGUUUAUGA